AACUUCUCUUGUCAUAAUUAAACAGAAGAAUCCUUUACUCAUUUGGGGUAGAGUUGUAGAGCGUAGAAGAAUCACACCUAAAAUCAAAAAGGGGAAAGCGAGGAAGAGAAGCAUCUAAAAUCUUCAACAUUUACACUCCACUAUUGUACCAGGAAAUUCUGAUUCUUUUUAGGGUUCUUUUUUUCUUAAUCUCUAAAGUCUAUCUCUCUCCUCGUAAAUUUCGCCAUGGAAAUAGCAAGACGAGCUUCUCACGCUGGUUCAUGGUAUACCAACAACCCGAGCAAGUUAGCUGAAGAACUUGAAGGCUGGCUACAAGAAGCUGGCCUCAGCAAAUCUUCUGAUGUACGAGGUGUUAUCGCUCCGCAUGCAGGAUAUUCAUAUUCAGGCCGUGCGGCAGCCUAUGCAUUUGGCAACAUAGACCCAACAAACAUUUCACGAGUCUUCCUCCUUGGUCCCUCUCACCACUACUAUACCCCAAAAUGUGCUCUUUCAAGUGCCACCGUCUACAAAACUCCUAUAGGAGAUCUGCCUAUUGAUUUGGAAGUCAUUGAGGAGCUUAACGCAACUGGGAAAUUUGAAAUGAUGGAUCUUCGAGUCGACGAGGCUGAACAUAGCAUGGAGAUGCACUUGCCUUAUCUUGCUAAAGUUUUUGAAGGACAUCCAGUAAAAGUGGUUCCAAUCUUAGUUGGUGCAGUUAGUGCUGAAAGUGAAGCCUUUUAUGGCCAAUUGCUGGCUAAAUAUGUGGAUGAUCCCAGCAAUUUCUUCUCAGUAUCCUCCGACUUCUGUCACUGGGGGUCCCGCUUCAACUACACACACUAUGAUAAGAAACAUGGAGCCAUCCACAAGUCUAUUGAAGCAUUGGACCGUAUGGGAAUGGAUAUUAUAGAAACGGGAGAUCCCGAUUCAUUCAAGAAGUAUUUAUUAAAAUUUGAUAACACUAUUUGUGGUCGUCAUCCAAUUAGCAUUUUCCUUCAUAUGUUGACGAAUUGUUCCGCGAAGAUAAAGAUUAGAUUCUUGCGAUAUGAACAGUCAAGCCAAUGCAAGAGCAUGAGAGACAGUAGCGUAAGCUAUGCGUCAGCAGCAGCCAAGGUAGAAACUUGAAAACCUCGGGGACUAGCUCUACCUCCUGGAAUGUAUUUUAGUCAUUGGAGGGAUGUUAAUACCUAGUUUCCCGUCUUUCUUUUUUUUAUGCCGAAACUCGGUUUCAAUUUGUAUUGCAGGUCAUAAGUCUAUAUCAAUAAUGAAACUUUCUUCAGUAAUUUUGUUUCUGAAGCCAUUUUGUUUA